AUGGCCCAAGACACCGAGUCAAUGUCAUGUGAACGCGAUGGCCGAAUUGCAGAGCUGGAGCUUGGCCGCCGUUGCCAGGAUGACACGGGCUCUGUUUCUGACCCUGACAGUCGCAUCCGUCAGCAGCAUGAUCAGGGCUACUCUCGAGAUCAUUUCGAGUUUUACGUCAUCACAUUCGAUGAGUACCAUCCGUCGCUAUGCUACGUUCGCGAUCGCAGGUCUCUAAACGGAAUACGCGUCAACGGACAGCAUAUCGGUGACCCCAAGAGGAUCACACCGGGCCACUGCCUGCUCGAUGGCGAUGUCAUUACUGUUCCUGGUCAGCCAUCUCGUGACGCCAAUGUUUCCGAGUUUAUUCCUUGUAUGACAUUCCACUUCAAGCAGGAUUAUGUUCCGCUUUACGUCCCAAGCCCUAUUCAACAACGGGAGAUGGACUUCUUCGCUGCCCGAUUCAACGUCACAGAUCGCGCCCUCGGCAAUGGCGCCCAUGCGCGGGUUUUCUUAGCCAUUGAGGUGGCCACCAAAAGGCAAAUGGUUUGCAAGAUCAUGAAUGUUGACCGACUUCGUAUGCGCGUCGACGGUGCCACGACCCUGCGUCGGUGGAAGCAAGAAAUUGACAUAGUCAAGCAACUACACCAUCCAAACAUUAUCUCUUACGUCCAUGCCAUAUACUCGCCUCAUACACUGUCAGUCGAGAUUCCUUCGAUAAAGUUACGAGGGUUGACAGAGUUCAGGUAUUUCUUCACUGAACUGGCCACAGGUGGUGAUCUAUUCUCCCUUGUACAGCGGCGAGAGCUGCAUGGACCACCAUUUCGGGAGGGUGAUGUCAAAUUGAUCAUGAAGCAAAUCGUGGAUGGCGUGCACUGCCUACACAAAUCCGGAAUCGUUCAUCGGGACCUGAAACCAGAAAAUAUUCUUCUCGUGAUUCGACCGAGCCCGGACUACCGCAUUGCGCUCAGCGACCUUGGCAACUCUGCUUUCGAAGGGCCGACUAGGUUGAUGUCGCGAGUCGGCACCGAGCGAUACAUAGCCCCAGAGGUGAUCAAUCAAGUCACUAACCAUGCUUGUCCGGUAGAUAUGUGGGCUAUGGGUGUCAUCAUGCUAUUUGUCUUGAACAGUCAAGCGACAGAAGACAUGGGAGGCCUUUACCAAUAUAGUCAGGACCAGGUCAUCAAUUGCAUCAAAUGCAUUGUUGAUGACAGGCAGACAACGUUGAGUACAAUCGGCGUCAGGUUCCUCCAACGAUGCCUGGUGGUUGAUCCCUCGAAGAGAAUGACUUCGGCGCAGGCUCUCCAGCACCCUUGGUUCACGAUGGAGCAACAUGAGAAACGGCUUGACGACCUGAAGCUCUGCGUCGAGCAAUCUUGGAACGGGGAUAAGAAGGUCUUUCCAUGUCCCGAGGAGAUUCCCGAUCUUGGCCCCAAAAAUAUGGCAGAAUCGGAUUCCAAGAGGAAUAUGAAUCUCCACGAAGGAGCACAAGCUGAGGCAAUUGACUCUAUAUUACCGACCAGUCAGCCAACGCCUGCCAAUUCUAGCUCGCGACUUCAAGGCCCCAGAACCAUGCGAGAAGUUUCUAGACCUUUGAAGACUGUCUCACAGUUUUUCGCUAGGCCUUUGAAGUCACAUGCUGAGACCAGGUUUCCUUGCGAGAAGAACGACGAAGCUGUGCCGCGCCGUGAGAAGCCGACGCGCCCCAAACCAAGCAACAUCAUUACUGAUAGUCAAGGCAAGGCUGAGGAUGUGGGGUAUCAGAAGUCCAAUCUCAGGGGCCAUAACCAGCAUUCAGCAGUAAACAGACAUCAUUUGGCGAUUGUCCCGCUUGCGAAGAAAUUGGGACGGCAGCAGUCCUCAUCGGCCAAUGCUGUCCAGCGACACUCCAAGUUGCAAAAACGGUCAAGAUGA